GCAUGUUUUGACUGAUGAAAUAUUAGAUGUUUGUCGGCUACGUCGCGUCCAAGAAAAAGUAACAAAAAUGUCGUUAUACGACGAUUUUGACAAACAACAUAGAGCCUCAGAUAAAGUAGCUGGCUGGUCAUCCGGUAUAAAAUUACUGCAGUCGCAGCUACAAUUAAAAAAAGCGGCAACAACUCAGCCGAAAAGAGAGCAAUUCAGAAAAGCGAGUGCAGUAUUGGCACCGGUAAUAGAUUUGAAAUCAAAAUCGAGAGAUAUUGAAAGAGAGGAGGAUGCUCCAAUCACAAGUUCUCUUGUCAGUAGUGCAAACAACAGCAGCAUCGGCGUCGGAGGCGAAUUCGACUGGAAUGUUGUUAACGAGUAUGAUCCAACCUGGCCUAAUGAAUACGAAAAAGUCGUCAAAGAAUUGAGGGAUAUUCGGGACAGAGAGCAUGAUCAAGAGAGUGAAUCUCGGAAACGAAGGAGAGAAAGCAGUCGAUUCGAGGAUGUUCAGCCCCCGGUGGGAAAUAAUAUGAUGGUGGCUCCCGAAAGAGACGAGGAACGAACUCCAACGUCGAGAGCGAUGCCAGGCGGUGCAGCGAUAGCGCCUCCUCCAUCCUUGCAAGAAUCAUCAGACACGCCUCCACCAUCUCCAAGGCAAAAUAGCAAUCUUGGUUACGCCACGUCGUCCGUGGCUGCAAAAAUAAUGGCCAAAUAUGGAUUCAAGGAAGGCCAGGGUCUCGGGAAAAAGGAGCAGGGAAUGUCAGUGGCGCUCCAAGUGGAAAAAACGAGCAAACGAGGCGGUAGAAUUGUGAGCGAACGUGAACAACUCAUUAUGCCACCUCCACCUCCCAUCGCGGUUUCGCCACCUCCAGGACAACAGCAAAUGCCUCCUCCAGACGAGCCAAGCAUCACCGAGAUUAUGAAGUCACCGAGCAAGGUUGUACUUUUGAGAAAUAUGGUUGGACCUGGGGAAGUUGACGAAGAUCUGGAACCGGAAGUCAAGGACGAAUGCAACACGAAAUAUGGCGAUGUAGCGAGGGUGAUAAUUCAUGAAGUGAGAGAGGCGCCUGCCGAGGAAGCUGUUCGAAUAUUCGUCGAGUUUAAGAGAAUAGAAAGCGCCAUCAAAGCUGUCGUUGAUCUAAACGGACGAUUUUUCGGCGGCAGGAAUGUGAAAGCCGGGUUUUACUCUGUUGAAAAACUAAAUAACCUUCAGUUGUUAGACUAAUCCUUUAAGUAAGUUAUUGUAUUUUUAAAUAAAUCUUUUAAUGCUAACGUGAAA